ACUCAGGCUCAAGCACAUGCAGACAGAGGGAGAGGGGAGGAUCGAGGUGCACACAUGUGAAGAUCUCCUGAACUGCCGGGGCAAGGCAGGACUUGUGAAGAGAGAAGAAGAAGAGGAGGAAUAGAGGAAUACUGCAGUGGCCAGCCAGCUUCUCUCUCUCUCUCUCUGCUUCACUGCUUUCAUCCCCCUGUCUUCUUCAUCCCCAUCUCUCCCCCUUUGCCAAUUAUACCAUGAACCUGCCUGCUGCUUGUUGCUAAGGGGGAGCCAUCCGGGGGAGCAGAGUGGACGAGGCAUUAUUUUGUUUCUAAGCACUGAGUGAAAAUGGCGGAGGGGUCCAGAGACCAGGGAGUGGGCACCACUGAUUCAGAGGAGGACUCCCCCAAUAUGAUCGUCUACAGAAAGAUUGAAGACAUUGUUACAAGAAUACAAGAUGAGAAAGCCGGAGGUGUAGCCAUCCGGACUGUCAAAAGCUUCCUCUCCAAGAUCCCCAGUGUGGUGUCAGGGGCUGACAUUGUUCAGUGGCUGGUGAAAAACCUCUCCAUUGAGGAUCCAGCCGAAGCCAUCCACCUUGGGAGUCUCAUCGCUGCCCAUGGCUACAUCUUCCCCAUCUCCGACCAUGUCCUGACACUUAAAGAUGAUGGAACCCUUUAUCGCUUUCAGUCUCCAUACUUCUGGCCUUCAAACUGUUGGGAGCCUGAGAACACAGACUAUGCCAUUUACCUGUGCAAGCGCACCAUGCAGAAUAAGGCCAGGCUUGAGCUAGCUGACUAUGAGGCUGAAAACCUCGCCCGGCUGCAGAGGGCAUUCGCCCGGAAGUGGGAAUUUAUCUUCAUGCAAGCUGAGGCUCAAGUCAAGAUUGACAGGAAGAAGGACAAGGCAGAUAGAAAGAUCCUGGACAGCCAGGAGAGGGCCUUCUGGGACGUCCAUCGACCAGUGCCAGGCUGUGUCAACACCACAGAGAUGGACAUCCGCAAGUGCCGGAGAGAGAGGAACCCACACAGGGUAAAAAAGUCGGUCUACGGGGUUCCAGAUGAUGGCCAGAGCCAGCCGAGUCCCGUCCACAUCAGCUCCCAGCCGACCAGGAAGACCACCAGGGAGGACGUUCAGAAGGAGAUUACCUUCUUGAACAUCCAGCUGGACAGACACUGCAUGAAGGUUUCCAAAGUGGCGGACAGUCUGAUGAGCUACACGGAGCAGUUCAUAGAAUAUGACCCCUUUGUGUCGGCCACAGAGCCUUCCAACCCCUGGAUCAGUGAUGACGCUUCCUUCUGGGACUUUGAGGCAAGUCGUGACCCCAGCCAGCAGCGUGUGAAGAAAUGGGGCUUCUCUCUGGAGGAGGCUUUGAAAGAUCCGGUGGGACGAGACCAGUUCCUGAAGUUCCUCGAGUCCGAGUUCAGCUCAGAGAACCUGAGGUUCUGGUUAGCGGUGCAGGAUCUGAAGCGGCGGCCGCUCCAGGAAGUGUCCUCCAGGGCGCAGGAGAUCUGGCAGGAGUUUCUGGCCGAGGGCGCACCAAGCUCCAUCAACCUGGACUCUCACAGCUUCGAGCGCACCAGCCAGAACCUCAAAGACCCCGGCAGAUACAGCUACGAGGACGCUCAGGAGCACAUAUUCAAGCUAAUGAAAAGUGACAGCUAUGCACGCUUUUUGCGAUCCAACAUCUACCAAGACCUCCUGUUAGCCAGAAAGAAGCAGCCAGCAGACACUGAACAGGGCCGCCGCACCUCCUUGGAGAAGUUCACCCGCAGUGUGGGCAAGUCAUUGACGGGAAAGCGCCUGACAGGCCUGAUGCAGUCAUCCUGACACAGCCUGAGCUGGAGAGGCACAGCCACACCCUGUUGGAGGGGUGAGCGCCACCCAGGAGCGGCGGCGGGGGCCCGGACAGCGGAGCCGGGCUGGACAGGGCUGCUGUGGAUGCUCUCACACACUGCUCCCAGUACUGCUGCCAUACUGGUAGCGUAGCACUGUGCCCGCCAGGGGGAACGCCCCAAACAGAAGCACUGAGGGAAAGACAUUGCUGACAAGGGGAACUUUAGCCAACACACCACAUGGCAUGCAGCAUACAGAAUAAGCACAUUCAGACAAGGGCCGCCCUCUUUUGAUCACUUACUCAGCAAACUAGUUGUUAGGCUCUUUGUUAACGUUUAUAUCGUUUUCGUUUUAUAUACAUGUUUAUUGGAUGUUAAAAGCACAUCUGUGGUGUUGCACCAAUAUUCUAUUGACAGAAACUACAUUUAAAAGCUAUUUGCCACAGCAUUUGAAUUGCAAUGAGUUGACUAGUUUUCCUAAACAGCUGGGGCCAAGGAGGUCAAAGAGGCACAUCGACACAGCUACAAAUCGACAGUAUUUUGCAAAUGUCUCUGUACUCAAAAGGCACACAGCAAUAAAUGAAGUGCACCUUUUUCUUUUUUGGGAAAUAUAUCCUUUUUAUAUCCUUAAAAGUUAUAUUAUAUCUGUUCAUUAUAAAGCAUAUGACAUGUCAUUUAAAUUGUGUCUUGGCAGUAAUCAGGAAUACAACAUUGUUUUAUUUAACAACAUCUACAAUGGAGACGUUUGAAGAUACAACUUUUCAUGCUUCAUUACAUUCCAAAAUCUGGCAUAAGGGCUUAAUGUAGCAUUAACACUGCACCGCUGCAUGGUUCAUUUAAAUGUCUUUGUUGAGGAUGUGUUGUUUGUACAACAGUGCUUUGUAAUGAGACUUAUAUGAAAGAUUAAUUUAAUCCAGUUGUCAAAUUGUUUUUACUGAACAUUCACUCUUUAAAUUCCAAAAAUUUCAGGCUGCAUGAGUCCAACAGUCUGUGUGAAUAACUGAGACACAAACAUGACCCGCAUGGUUGUGUGAAUCACAGUGAUUUGAGCUCUUACUUUAGUCACAGUUCUAGCUGCACAGUCACAUGUGAAAUAGCAUCCACAUGCUUUUUGGGCUUCCAGUGUGGAUUUUAAAGUUUCCAGUGCCAUGGGUCCAUCUAGUGGUGGUUAAACUACCGGACACCGUAUUAAACCGUUUUUAUAUUGACGGAAUUCAAGAUGUCAAACCUAGUUGUUCACCAAUCAUGGAUAUAUUACAAGGCCUGCAGCCCGAUAUGGGAUCAUUUAUGUUUUGUAGCUUUUUUUACUGCAUGAAUAUCUCAUCUUUUGUUUUGUCAAAACAAUGAAACCUGCCCACUUCAGUUUGGCAAAAUGUCUGCUGUGACUCUACAUCUAAUAAUUGUCAUGUGUUGUAAUGACUAUGGGGGAAAUGGUGCAUGCUAUUGGACCAUAAUGGAGAUAGGGGAAGAUGGUUUGACUCUCCAAAGACAGCACACAGAAAAGGAAUUGCCCUGAACUGGAGCAACACCCCUCAGCGGGCGGACAUGAAAGCCGCGCACUGACCUUUAGGUUAAGGCCUCUGUGCACCACUGUGGCUGCAAACGUCUUACACAGACAGAAAGCACUUUGUAUGAGGAGAUGUUGUCCUCACUGCUCCCCAUGAGGCCAGCGGCUGCUGCAGUGGCAGACUGCACUGCUAGAUGAGUGUAUCACCUAUUAUUUUAUAUUCCACCCGUUGCAAUGAACUUUACAUGUCAUAUUAGUAACUAUGUACCAACUGUUAUUCUCAGCACAAACACAAUGACUAUGAACAGAGUGCAUUGUAGAUGUAAAUUGGCAAAAUGUCCUUAUCCAAAAGCACACUUUAUUAUAAUAUGGGCACAUUACUAUGCAUGUAACAUAUUCAGGGUAUUUUGUGCUUUUAGUUUCUCAAUCAGCAAGAUGACUAAUGGCACUCCAAAACACUCAAGCACCUGCUAUCUAUUCAUGGGUACCAAAUAAUAAAAAUCUCUGGACCUCCUCUGUGCCACUGUUGGUGUUUGCUUCUCUGCGUCAUGAAACAAAAGAAGCUCAUUGUGUUUCCUCUGUUUCAGCUUACAGAAGAUCUGAUACAUGUUUCAGUUGUGUUUUCUCUAUUUGCUGCAUUUUG